GCUCCCUCGGGCACCGAGUCACAAGCCUCCGGGCCAAUCGGAGGCUCAGGGGCCAUGCCUCUCGGGUGGCCUCGGGGCUUUAAGAAGGGGCUGGGAAGCCAGCGGGGAUGGGGGAGAGCUGUCCAUCCAGGACCGCGUGAGCAGCAGCUACCUCGGGAGCCGAAGCUUGGUGCUUAGAAGAGUAGCGCCGCAGUCAUGUCUCUGCAGAAUGACUUUCACAAUGCUGCUGAAGAUGUUAGGAAACUAAAAACCAGGCCAAAUGAUGAAGAACUCAAAGAGCUCUACGGACUCUACAAACAAUCAAUCGUUGGAGACGUUGACAUCGAGUGUCCAGGAAUGCUAGACUUAAAGGGCAAAGCCAAGUGGGAAGCAUGGAACCUCCAAAAAGGUCUGUCAAAGGAAGAUGCCAUGAGUGCCUAUAUUUCUAAAGCAAAAGAGCUGAUGGAAAAAUAUGGGAUCUAGAGCAAUGUUUGCUGGAAUUCUUUUUCAUUAUGAAACUGUCUUAUGAUGUAAAAUAAAUUAACAUUUAAAGGAAAAGGUAACAUUAACUCUUCACGUUUCACCUCACUCCUUAAUAUGAGUUGAAAUAUUGAACUGUAGUGUGCAGAAGAAACUUAAAUAAAUUUUUACUUUAAAUUUACUAUACUU